AUGGCCGACGCAGCUAGUUUCGAGAACCCUGUGAUCCUCAACCUGAUGAGCUCCUAUGGGCCCAUCCUCAUCGGGGCGAUCUUCCAGUGCGUUCUGUAUGGGAUGGCCGUUCUCCAGUUGUUCUUGUAUUUCAACAACUACGAGAGGGAUUCCAUAUGGAUGAAGCUUUAUGUCCUCUUCAUAUGGGCGAUCGAGACAGCAAGCACCAUAUCGGUUCUGGCAGCUAAUCCUCAAAGUAUGGCCGGUUAUGAUUCUUCACUGGGGAUCUCUACACCAGUUGUCGCUGACGCAGCUCAUCGGGUCUGGAUGACUGGUUUGUCGACCUUCCUUGUGCAUAUGUUCUUUAUCUACCGUAUUUACAUGGGGCAUCAGUUAGUGGGCGGAGCUGGUACCCGCUGGUUCUGUCUGCGUAACCCCGACCUGGCGACACUCUCCGGAAGAUUCCUGACGAAUCUCGGAACCAGUGGUCGCUCAAUCAUUGCAUUUGUCGACAUCGCCAUUGUAGCCAUGAUGAUCUACUCCCUGCUUCGCGAGGGCUACCCGCGCUUCCAGAGCUCCCGAAGGAUGAUCUUCAGGUUGAUCGUUCUUACCAUCAAUACUGGCCUCUGGACGGCCGUCUUUGCUAUCAUCGACCUUGGCCUGAUUGUACCCUACCCGAACCAACUGUACUAUUGUGCCGUCGACUUCCCCCUCACCUCUCUGUACUUGAACUCCUUGCUGGCCAACCUCAAUGCCCGCGACUACAUCCGCAGCGCAGCUGGUGACGUUGAGCACAAUAGCUAUCCCAUGGGUGACUCCACCUUCCGCGCAACCACUCGCGGGAUCACGAGCACGAAUCAGAGCCACGGUAUUCAUAUUCAGACGAGCACCGACACUACCAUCUACGGUGACACCGUCCUCGGUAGCAAGCUACCAAUCAUCGUGUACUUCGGAGGCGAUAGGAUGUCGUACGAUACAGGGGUACUUCCGCUUUAA